AUGCAUAAAGUAGAAGUGGAACAGAAAGGUAAACAACAACAUUACCACUGACCCCACCCCUAACCCAGCACCUUGUUUUUUCUCUGUGGCCAUAUUUAAUGUGACCUUCCUUUACCUUUUCUCCUCAAUCCUCCUCCUCCUAACCUCCCACCUCCCCUCCCCUUGGUUUCCCCACCUCUUCUCUCUUUGGUCUCACUAAUUCCAAUUGGCAUCCCCCUCCCUGUCCAGAAACAAAGCUUCCAAUAACGAAACAGCACUCAGCAAAUAAAGCAUAUAAAGUAACCCAUCUAACAACUGCCCUUCCAAACCUUUUCCAUUUCUCCUUGCUCACAUGUGGAGUGGAAGCACCAUUAAUGUCUGGGUACUCUCUCUGGUUUUGCUUCCUUCAGGGGAAAUACACUUUUUCCAACCCGUUCUCUGCGUCUUUUAUCAUUCAACUGAUUCUCUCUGCUCCUUUCUUCGUGUUUCCAUGGCAACCAACUGGGUACCUUGGCCUACCUCAACCACAACUUCUCUCUUUCUUUUUCUUUUUCUUUUUUUCUAAUCCCAAUUCCUGAUUUUUAAAAAAUAAAUGCUUGAAAUUUUAUGGGAUUUACAUAUAAAAAUUUGCCACAGUACAGAAGAACAACGGGGAGGGUGUGUUUUUAUUUUUUAAAAAAAAAUUUAUUUUGGGCACUUUCAAAUGAUACUUCCAGGCCUUCCUCCACAUUUUUUGAGAUUGUUACAUACUUAGAACUUUGUUUUAAUUUUUAUCAAGGAGCCAUUCUGGCUUUAAGCAGCCUGUAAGAUUGCAGUGGAAAUGUACAUCUUAGAUCCUAUACACUGCAAUCAGUGGGGCUCCCCUCCCCCGCCACUCCCAAAGCUAUGUGUUCAGGAUCAGGAUGUAAGGCACAGAACAAAACAUGUUUUUUCUCAGUUAUUGAAUAGAGCAGGGGUCCUCUUUUGAGCCUCUCACCAUAUUUAAUACAUUAUUGUUUGUGGACUCACUUUUAUGUGAGGAACAUUCAAUUGCACAUGCUGAGUGGUGCCACUUUUAACCAGGGUAGCUUUGUUAUCUACUACUGUCUGAAAAUCAAAGUGAAAAAAAUGUGUGGAUAAAACUGAGCAUCAGUUAUUCCACUUGUGAUCCAUCUUUUAGUGGGAAUUUUACCCUAAGCUUAGGCAGUUCUUUGGAGAGAAUCCCCCAGCUAUUUUUUUCAAUUGAGUCAUUCCACACACACCCAACCUCCAAGUAAUGUUCUGACAUGUCUUGAAGGGCCUAUUUCUCUUUUCUUAACUCUUUUCCUCUGCUCUACUAUCAUGAUAAUGUGAGAAUCAGAUAAACCCAUAGAAAAUAACAUUUUCUAGAAUACAUAUACAUUAAUUAUACCAAUAUACUAACCACUUUGAUGUGGGAAUUUUUAAUUUUCUUGCUUACUGUUUCUUUUUCUUUCUUUUCUUUUUAAAUUCCUGAUCAAUCCCGGGUGAUUUUAUUUGUGGAUCUUUUCCCCCUUUUCUGCCUGUUUUGGUUUUUUUUUUAAAAGAAAGCUGCAGUCAUGAUCAUUGACUAUCUGUCUGUUAUUGGGGGAAGAUGGGGGUGGUGCAUGAAAGAAGUGGGGGCCAGUCAAUGUAUUUUUAAUUUGAAUGUCUUGGCUAGAUCUGGAGGUUAUAUACCUAAUGUAAGUAUCAGGACUCACAACUGCAAUGAGCCUGUCUUAACAAGGGACAAGCUGUCAGGUUAGCGCUAGGAAUUGAGCAAAUUAAUUAAUUUCAAAAUAGUAAAACUCAAAAGCCAGGCUUGAUUCCACCCAACCCAUGUCUCUCUCUUUUUCUUUCUUCCGCUCUCUCUCUAUUUCUCUCUGUUUAGUUUGUUCUAAAAGCACUGUUGAUUUUUUUUUCCUGCAUUGGUUUGGAAUUUUUUCCCAAGAUUGGGGAUGGAGGCAUAUACUUAUACUUUUCUUUUCCACAGGUUUCCAUGGUUUUGGAUGUGGAUUUUUACUGAUUGUUUCCUUCUCUGUUUCUGACAUCUUCUCCCCCAACCCCAGAGCACAGUUGCCCCCAUCCCGACUUAGAAGGCUGAGUCGACACUGCCCCAUCCAUGAGGGAUCGGAACCAGUUAACGCUUUGUGCUGUCCCCCCCUCGCCAGCGCUUCAUUCUUUAAUGGUGUGUUUCUCCUCCCUGCUGCCAGGAGUCAUCCAUCCCACCCCACCAACCCAGAUGGGAAGCUGGGCUGAGCCGAACCUGUGAGACUCCAUGAAGCUGCUUUGUAGCGACAUUGUCAGGCAAGGUGUUCAGAGCAGGCAGGUGUUAGGCAGGAUUAGAAAUCUGAAAUCUCUUGGAUUUUGCUCCCAUCCAGCUGCCCAUCUGUGUCCUCAGUUCGUCAUACGUAGGCAAGAGAGGGUGGCAUGUACAUAAAAAUAGCACAGAGGUGUAUUUGUGCAAUGUAAACCAUAGAGACACACAAAUCACACAGCGGUAACAGCCACCCAAGGAACUGAAAGUAAUGCAUAGAAAACUCCACAUGAACACAGCCAUAUUGAUAGCUCUACAUUCAGAAAAAGAUAGAGAUAUAUGAUUAAACACAUGCACUUGAUAGCACAAACACAGAUGCAUUUAACACACAUUCAGGAGCAAACAAAUGCCAUCUACACACAUACAAAUCCAUAAGACAACACUAGCCACCUUGAGUGCUUCAGCAGUCUGGUAGAUAGUACCAUUUAAAACAAAGUUGACAUGCUCCUGAAAGCAUCUACAGAAUUAGGAAUGUGGAUCCAUCUCCAUGAGCACAUCCUGGGUGUGCACUGACUAGGCCUUCACCCUUUGGCAACUCUACAUGCAGCCUCUGGGCACAUGCAUUGAAUUAUGGCAAACAUUGCUGUUUCCAUUCUGGAGACUUCCUCUCUCUUGCCAAGCCACUGCUGUCCUUAACUGGUCCUAAGAGUACACUUUGAGGAAGCUAAUCAGAGAGUGGCUCCAGACAGCCUAUUCACUCUAAUGCUGCUCCUUCCCAACCAAAGCAAUAGACAGCUUGACCUUGAGAGAGAAAUGAGAAAACUCUUCAAUUCAUGGCACAGUACUUAGGUGAGCUACAUCUAGGUUACUGGGAUGGUGGUUGCAUCCCCUGCAUUUUCCACUAUAGAUAGAGAAGCCUGUGAGACUAGUUAGAAAAGAACCAUAGAGGGCUUUAGGAAGUGAAAGAAUAAGCUGACAAACCAUGAUUCUAGAUUCAGGUAGAUAGCCAUGUUGGUCUGACGCAGUCAAAAUAAAUAAAUAAAAAUUUAAAAGUUGUCCAGUGGCACCUUAGAGACCAACUAAGUUUGUUCUGGGUAUAAGCUUUCGUGUGCAUGCACACUUCUUCAGAUACCCAGCUUAUACCCAGAACAAACUUAGUUGGUCUCUAAGGUGCUACUGGACAAUUUUUUGUUAUUUUUUUACUGUCAAACCAUGACUGCCGGAGCUCACAGGUUCAGGCUCCACACCCUGGCUUGAUGAUGAUGACUUUUUCAGUUCCGAGCUGUUUCCCUGAAGCAUGACCAUCAAUUUGCAGGGAGAAUUGGAUGGGUAUGGGCAUGAUAUAAGAUGGGUCCCUGGCCAUGUGGCAGCUUUGAUCCCCUGGGAAAUAGGGAGGGGAGCUCUACUGACCUGGGGGUUCAAACACUUCCUCUUCCCAGUAAGGAAAAGGAAUGACCUUCCUUUCUGAAGGAAAAGAAAUGAAGGGUCAUGAUAAGAGAGUGAUAAAGUUAGCAGGCCAGCCACUUUGACCAACUUGGUCAAAUCCUCUCUUUUCCCAGCAUUGAUCUGGAGGUUCCUUCACACCCAUGGGCAGCUUGUUCAACAGUACUGUAUUUCACUCCAGCCAUAGACCAUCUUCUGGCCUCAGGUGCCACAAAAGGCAAAAACUUUGCCCUGUUAUUGGCUUGUGGGAUGUGGCCUUUGGAAAGGUGCAGAUAUGGGGGGGGUGUUGUGUGUGAGGGAGGAUGCAGGUGUCACAAACAUGAAAGUGACAUGUGCAUCCAGCCACUGUGAAGUGACACUGGCACAGUCUUAAGAACUACGGCUUGAGACCGGUGCCAAUAAAAAUAAAACCUUUGAGGUGGCCACUUUUAGUGAGUCUUGAACGCUUUUUAUUUUGAAUUGAAAGAGACUCACUAUGACAAAGUUUGAGAACUAUGGACUAGACAGAGAUAAAUAGCUAACACAAGGGACACCUUGCAGCCCUACAAAAUCCAACUGCUCCACAUUAAGCUGUUCUUGUCUGAUGAGUCACACCAGAAAACACUACAGGGAUCUUUAACAGACCUUGUCAUUAACAUUUAGGCUAGGCAGCUUCCCUUCCCCCUGACUCGCUGUCAUUCACUAGUGAACCCAUCCAUCACUUUACAUCCCUCUGCACCACAGACCAUAUCAGAUAGCCGUACUGUUUUAUGCAAGGGGACUAAAUAGAUGAUCUCUGCACACCUAGUAUACUAGGAUUGAUAAGCUCUCUUUCUUCCUAAUUAAGGGGGGAAAGACAAGUAAUUUACAACCCGUCCUCCUUGGCCUAUUUCAUCCAUGCAUUCUUUAAAACAAGUUAAAGGAGGGAAGGCUAGGCAGCUCCUUGCGUUACGGCCCCAUAGUGGAACAUAUGAGGACAAAAAAAAAGACCUCCAAGCUUUUCAAAGGUUAGGGUUUUAUCAGAUAUUCAGUUUGGAUCUGUAAGCUGCACCACUAAAAUUGUAAUGUGUAAUGCAAGCCUCAAAUGACUUCUGUCUCUCUGAGCCAGGAUUCCUGAGUUCUGCCUCUAGCUCUCAAGAGGACAAAUAAUGUCCAUUAGUUAGAAGGUGUUGGGAAGCAAAGAACUCCUGGCUUCUAGACCAACAGUUGUCCAUCUCUAUGAAUCAUCUCUUAUCCCUUCCAUGUGCCAGUACUCCCCCAUCACCACGAAAGUUAGAAUGUAGAAUUUUCCAACAAUGACAAUGAUAAUAAAUCAGUUGUUUAUUAUUGCUAAGAAGGAUGCAACAUGCCAUCUCCAUGGAGACCAAAAUACUGUGAAUAAGAGUGAACUCCUCAGGUUGCUGACUCAGCCCUGCUUUCUCCCUCUGAGGUUACCCAAGGACUGUGACCAUUGGAAACAAUGGGAGCAAUCUAGCAUACACUUAAGCCCACAUAAAUCCCACUGGUUUCUAUGGGACUUAAGCUUGCUUAACUGUAGUGUAGAUUGUGCCAGAGUCAUGAGACCAAAGUUUGCCUUGUCCUCUCCCUUCACUUAAGCAAAAGUGGAUGAGAAACACAUCUCUGGCCACUUGUACUGGUAUGGCAGCAUAAAGGUUCUGUCUGGAUCUGGGAGAGCAGGGGGGGUUAUUAAUAAAUGCUCCGUGGGGGCUUGGCAUUGCAAAAAGUGCUGUUCUCCUCCCCCAUGGCUGGUGCCAGACAAUUCCCAUCCUCCCGAUUUGCUAUUAAUUUUGGAACCCUUGGCACACCUCAUCCACUUCCAGGUGUGUUGUGACAGGGUUUGAUGGUACUGACCCCAGCCCAAGGGAGCAGUCUCUAAAUUAUGCCCAUCCCCAAUAAGCUUCAGUGCAAGCUGUGUCCAGAGUCAUGUGGCACAUCAUAGCAACUGUGCGUUAUUUAGUAAAGCCAGAGCAGAGAAUUCACUUCUGCAUUCACAGAAUAUCCCAGACAUUCUGGAGUUGAUACAAGGCCCAAGUAAAACCCUGCUGACACUUCGGUGCGAAGUAUAUUUGAUCCCACACGCAGAAGCAGUAAGCCAGCCCCCAGCAGAAACUGGGUUGCUUGGGAUCAGGUUCCACCCCACCCCGCUGGCCCUUGUACUGUGACAGCAAACCCAAUAUACUGGCCUCUAUAUCAUGAGGUGUGGUUAACAAGCACACUGUGCAGCCUUUUAAAGCCCACAGCCUGGAUUUAGUGUGAUGGCUCCUAUGGCUCCUCUAUGGCCGCUCAGUGACACUGUUCUGUAAUAGACAAGGUGAAUUCUCUGCUAUGAUGCUGCUCUCCUCACCCCACCCCACCUGCUCCUUCCACCACUAAAUGCUUUUUUUCUCCCAGCCUUGCUCCAGCUAACCGGAGGCAGACACUUGCAGAAUGCCUAGCCUGAUUUGUCUUCCUUUCAAACUUUUUCCUCCCGGCUUUUCCCAAGAUUCCAGGCUGCCAACUGGGUGGUUGUGGGUGGAAGGGAGGGCUUUCCUUUCCCAUCUGCCCAGGUCUCCCUCCCACUGUCACAUCACUCCUUCCACCCCCUGCCAUGUGCACUAGUCUCAUGUCCUUUGCUGAUGUGAAUCAAACCUGGCUGAUAAGUUGCUCCAGUGGCACUCAGGAUAUGGGGGAAGCAGAAGCUGUUGGUUACUUCAUCCUUCUGCUACAAUACCUUUAGUUCUUCUUUUCAGAAGGGAUCCAGUCCCUCAGCUAAUCUACAGCUCUCUGUCCCCAGGGAUUGAAAAAUAGUCUCUUUCAGCAGGAAGAGGAAACACCCAUUCUUUCAUAUUCAGGGGGAUUUUAACUGGCCAAACAUUGGAUCUUUCUUAUGCUUGUUUUUCAUUCCCCAACGUCCCGUUGAACAGUGUUUUAAUAUCAGUAGAGGAAAUUUAGGGCUGGAAGCCCCUCACCUUUUCCAACCCCCUCCCCAUGGGAAGGCAUUCCCACGAAGCUGUUCUAAAGUUGCAAAAAAAAAUCUAAUCCAUUCCAUGAAAGUUGGAAGGGUUGAAACAGCUAUUUCAAGAACACUUUAAGUUUCUAAAAUUGAAUUAGAAAUCCCUGAGAGAAAUUAGAACUAUAAGAGUCAGAUGCAAAAAUAGGGACCAAUUUCCAUCUGUCUCAGUGCUAACACAACUGGAAUUUAAGUGUUGCAUGGCGGCUGGCAUAAAUUAGUCUUGAUCCAUAGUGAAACAGUAAUUCCCUUUGAACAUGGAACAGGAUAGCUUUUGGAUCAUCUUACCAGCCUUAAAGGUACUCCUUUGCAGCUCCAAAGGAGCUCCAUAGGACAAACAACCUCAGCUGCUUCUAGAUCAAGUGGAACAGAAACUUUGUAGGAGUCCAGUUGAGUAAACAACAAACAUGUCCCUCCUCUAGAGAGACUCAUAGAAUACUUGGCUCCACCAGGCCCUCAGACCAGAUAAGCAUACACUACUCAAUGGAUCCCAUAGGGCAAACAGCCUCACAGCUCCAUACUGAGCCCUUCAUUUUUAAAAAUCUGAUUUCCAUAGCGUUAGGUGGUAUUGCCCCAUUUGCUCCAAUGAAGAGCAUCUGAUUUAGAUCAUGCAGGGUUUAGCUGGUGCCAACUGCUUUCCCAUAGCUGUUAAACUGUUGCUGUGUUGACUUCUAGAAGGUGAUGCAGAAUAUGCAACCAGAGAGUAGGAGCUAGAAUUGUCAGUUCAGCAACACUCCUGCUCAGAUUCAUGGGUUUCCCAGAUGCUGCCACUCAGAUCUCUGCAGGGAAACAAUCUGACAUCCUCUGCUUAAUGCUAGAGAAUGUAGCAAAAGGAAGGGAGGGAAGGUUUGGAACCCCUAAAUUCCCUUUUUAAUUUGAUCCGGAGAAAUUGUUUCUUUCCUCUGAUGCUCCCCUGCCCCCAGUAUUUAUUUAACUUGUCACUGAGCCGUCUCUGCUCAAUAACAGAUAAAAGUCUCAUGAUUGCAGCUGCUCUCAAAACUCAGCGCGGAUUUCACUUCUCCUGCCAACAGCCUUUUACAAAUUUAUCCUUUCUUCUCUCUUUCUCUUUCUCUUUCUUUUUUUUUCUUCUUGCUCUAUCACAUUCUUUCUGGAUUUCCCCCCUUUUACCCAAUCACCCUUUCCUCCCUUACAUCCCCUCCCUAGUAUUCGUUUGCCCGGGGACACUGCACAAGAUCCUGGAACCUACCUCGGCCCAUGAAUCAGAGCACCAGUCUGGAGCCUGGUGCAAGGACCCUCUGCAAGCCGGAGACAGAAUAUACGUCAUGCCAUGGAUCCCAUACCGGACAGACACACUGACAGAGUAUGCCUCGUGGGAGGAUUAUGUAGGUGCCCGGCACACCACCACUUACCGCCUGCCCAACAGGGUUGACGGCACAGGUUUUGUGGUAUACGAUGGAGCAGUCUUCUACAACAAGGAGCGGACACGCAACAUUAUCAAGUAUGAUCUGCGGACGCGCAUUAAGAGCGGAGAGACAGUCAUCAACACAGCCAACUACCAUGACACCUCACCCUACCGUUGGGGCGGCAAGACUGACAUUGACCUGGCAGUGGAUGAAAAUGGGCUAUGGGUCAUCUAUGCCACUGAAGGCAACAAUGGCCGGUUAGUGGUGAGCCAACUGAAUCCUUACACGCUACGCUUUGAGGGCACGUGGGAGACCGGCUAUGACAAACGCUCAGCAUCCAAUGCCUUCAUGGUGUGCGGAGUCCUCUAUGUGGUGCGGACAGUUUACGUGGACGAUGACAGUGAAGCAGCUGGUAACCGUGUUGACUAUGCGUUCAACACCAAUAUGAACCGGGAGGAACCCAUCUCGUUGACCUUCCCAAACCCCUACCAGUUCAUCUCCUCCAUUGACUACAACCCCCGUGACAACCAACUUUAUGUGUGGAACAACUACUUUGUCCUGCGCUACUCACUUGAGUUUGGCCCACCUGACCCAAGUACUGGUGAGAUAUAAUCUUUGCACCUGAACAUGGGGUGGGGUAGAGAAAUCGUCACUGACUUGAAAUCAUGGGCCCUUGGCUUCUCCUCCCAUUUUCCAUUGGGUUGUCAAAUACAUUAGGGGACAAAAAAAGCCGUGUUCAUUUGCUUAAUGCCCAUUUUUAAUUGUACAUUUCUGCAAAUACAGCAUUCACUUGAAAUUACUUCUUAAAUACAUGUAUAUUUAAAAUAUAUACAUUACACUAAAGAUUAUGUAUAGGCAAUCCCAAACGUACUGCUUAAGAGUGAUACAUUUUCACAUGAGCUAACCACCAACACACACACACUUAGGAUACUCUGCGAGCAAUCUCAAGUUAUUGAGCCAUUGUCUCUCCCAACUUCUACUGUUCAAUAUCUCUGCCAUCCUCUGCCAUCCAUCACAUUUCAGGAAACAUCCAACUAUAUAAUGGCAAGUUCAUCUUACAAAGCAAGGCUUCAGUCCCAAAGCUGGCUUUUGAAAAUAUAUUUCAUUUUUGCCAUUUUGCCACAAGCAGGUCUUUUAGUUCCAGUCGUACAGUAAGCAUCAGAGAAUCUGCUCAGUUCAAUUCAAACUCUCUGUGACCCCAAAAGAAUUAAUGUGUGCCUGAAAUUCUGACAGUUAGCAUCACGUGGAGUUUAAAUUGACAGAGAUGGAUUGUCUGAUGUGCAAUAUUUGGCAGAAGCCUGGGGUCUACGAAAACUAAUUCCUUGAAGCUGGACUGAAGGGGGGGAAAUCUGUGCUUAUUUUGAAUACAGGAAAUUCAAGAUCAGUCAUGCCCAGGUGCAGUGGCAGAUUCAGAUUUGUUUAGUGCAAUAUGCAGCUAAUUUGUUUCUCUGUUCGCCCCCAUUGUACAGCUGCUGCCUGUGCAACACUAACGGUUAAACUUGAAUAAGGUUACAUUUGCAUGUACAGGUUACUUGCAGGGUUGGGGUGGGGAAGAGCGAAAUGUAGCCUUCUUUUACCUUGGUCACCAGAUGUUGCCCUUUAAACCCGAGGAUGUAGCAAGAGAAAGGCAGUCACAGCUCCUGCCACCCACCCCCUCCUUAGACCUGCUGCCUGGCCCCUUCAAAUGGGUCUCCAGGUGUGCCAGGAAGCACAACGGAUGCUGGAGUGUGUAUGCACAACAGGGCUCUGGAGUGGAAUAGUUAGGAGAAGCUGCAUCUGCCUUUUCUUCCACCAAUCCUGUUUAGGUUAAAGAGAACAAAAGGUGAUUACUUUCAGAGUGAACAGAAUUUUGCUAAACUUCCCAGAUAGAAACAAUUCCAUUGAAAUUGAGCAUUUGAUUAAUUAAAAAUAUUUGGUUCUGAGGAAACGUCAUUCAGCAUCAUGCUCAUGAAUACUUCUUUUAACAUUUAAAAUGGCAAGUGAGGAUUUAGCCCUUUGUGUCCCAUCCCUUCAGGAAGGACCUGGCAGAUACAUACUUUCAGAGAUGUGAAGAAUUUAGUAGGGACUCGUCAAGCUAACUGGUUAGAGACCUUUGCUUUGAUGCAAAUCAAAAACCAGUGCUACCUAAGAGCAUAGGAACCUGCCUUAUAGUGCGUCCAACUCUUUGGUUUUUCUACCUCAGAUAAGAAAAGGUAAUUUUACUCUGUGUGCAGCAUGUGGUGGCUGAACCUGUGGGGAUAUUUUGUAUGUGGGUGGAAAUCUAAUUGCCUUUCUACCCACAGGCCCUGUCACCUCGACACCACUCAGCACUACAACCACCGUUCGUCCCACCACCAUCACCAGCACAGUCUCACCUGCCGCUACAACUACAACACGGCAGGUGCCCCUCACCACCCACCCCAUAGGUGCCAUAAACCAGAAGGGUACAGAGCUUCACCCAGUCACCGCCAUAAUGCCCAGCACCCGGCGUCCACCAGCAAACAAUCAGCACGUCUCUCCAGAGCUCUUCUGUGAGGCCAAGGAGGUGCGGCGUGUCCAGUGGCCAGCCACACAGCAAGGCAUGCUGGUCGAAAGGCCUUGCCCUAAGGGCACACGAGGUAAUGAGCUGGCUUCAUUUGAGUCCUAGAGAAGAUGGGACUCCGGCAGAGUGUAUUCUCGCCAGUGGUGCAAGGAGCAAAUGGGGCUUACAGGAUAUUGCCUGUGACCCCACAGCACUCAGCUCAAGGAAAGUGUGACAGCUUGAACUGUUGCUAUGACUUAAUUCAUUCACACGACUUUCUGCAAUGUGAACUCAGAGCUGGCAAUUCUCAGUGGGAUGAAUUGGUCCUGCCAUCCCCUGCUAACAGAACUCAUCUUGUUAUUGCCACAGUACUAAGCCAUUUAUCCCCGCUCUGUACUCCUUGCUAUAUUAGUUAGAUGUGAGAACUGGACUGUCAAGGAAGAGAGCUCUUCAUUCACUACUAAGGUUAUGAUUGCUCUCUGAGACCCUUAAUCUCUGGUCUAGUGUUGGGAUAGGGUGGGGGUGGAAGGGGGAAACCAAGCAGCUGGAAGCUGACUGAAUUUUCCCCCUGCUGUCCCAUGCACAGGUAUUGCUUCCUUCCAGUGUCUUGCUUCGGAGGGAAACUGGAACCCACGGGGGCCUGAUCUCAGCAACUGCACAAGUCCUUGGGUCAACCAAGUGGCACAGAAGGUAUUGCUUUCCCCUUCCCAUUACAGUGGUCUUCACUCAGACAGUUCACAUUUGGGCUUCAUGCAUGCACAGCUCCUUUUACCUGAUUGAGGCCAGUCUGCAUUCCUUUCCCUUUCUUGGCAGAUCAAGAGUGGAGAGAAUGCAGCCAAUAUUGCCAGUGAGCUAGCCCGGCAUACGCGUGGGGCCAUCUACGCCGGAGAUGUCAGCUCCUCUGUCAAACUAAUGGAGCAGCUCCUGGACAUUCUGGAUGCACAACUUCAAGCGCUGCGCCCUAUUGAGAGAGAGUCAGCUGGCAAGAACUACAACAAGGUGCAUAGUAGUUUAAUGGCUUAGUUCAGAGGUUUUCAAACUUUUUGAGUCCCACUGGCCAGCCCCAGAGGAACCAUUCGCCUGGGGAGCUUGUAGUCAGGGCUGCUGCAACAAACAGCUGUGCAAGACUUUGAGAGGCAGAGAUGCAAGAAGGCAUCAGAGGAGGGAGGGAAGAAAAGAGGGGCAGAGGCCCGUGUUGCCUGUGACAUCCCUGACCACCAUUCAAGGCACCCCAGGGUGCCACGGCACACUGGUUGAAAGCCACUGGCUUAGACAGUGGUUCUAGGGCUGGCAGGCAGGGAGCCUGACCCCAGUCAAAAAAAUUGGUCUUGGGAGGGGGGAUAGCAAUUCAUCAAGUAAAGCUUUUUGCAUGGUGAAGGUGUCACUGGUUGGAUUUCUGCUUGUUGCGCAGCUUUUAAAAGUACAAGAGUCCAAUAAGAAAAAAGAUGGCAACAUGGUGUUGGGGGACAAGGAGUGGUAAAGGAAGAUUGAUGCAUAUAGGCAUUGGGAGCAAUGCAUGCUGAGGCAGAAGGAUGUCACCGAGAGUGAAGGGUUGGAGCUAGAAACCAUGAACCUGCAUCCAGGUUUUACAAUAACCAUGGGAGCUAGAAAUGAAAGCUGAGAUCUCUGAGCUUAGUGAAAGAUUCUAGUUCUGUAAUGGAUGCCCUAUUUCAGGGGUCGCCAACUCCCAAGAGACUGCAAUCUACUCACAGAGUUAAAAACUGGCAGUGAUCGAGCCCCUUUUUGGGGGUUCAGGUCAAAGUUGUUGAGCUUCUUUAGGGGGAGCCAGUUAUCUGCCACAGAUGUCCAGUGAUCUACCAGUAGAUCACGAUCUACCUGUUGCACAUCCUUGCCCUAUUUUAUGCUGUGUGAUGCAAUCCUAAUAACAAAGUUCCCUAUACCCACUUCUUAAUAAAUAGUCUGAUGUGAGACUAUUCAGCUUAUGCUGAAAAUGGCUACUUUUGAGGUGCAGUCCACCAAAUGCUGCUGCUGUCCAGCCACUCCAACAGUCUUUCUAGCAAAUGUAAAUAAAUCUUAUCUAAAUGUAAAAUAAGAUGUUGCUUUGGAUCCACACUUUCAUUCAGGAUAUGCCUUCAUUAUCUCUUCCUGUUGAUGAGUGACUUCAUGGCCAGAGCAAAUGUGCUUAAGAUCCCCAUUGAACCUAUCCCUGUGGAUCCUUCUUGCAGAAAUUGCGUUCUAAUCAUUUUCUCUCUCUUUGUCCACCUGAACCAUUGCUUACUUUGGGCAUGGCUGUAUCACCCUGCAGAUGCACAAGAGAGAAAGGACAUGUAAGGACUAUAUUAAGGUGAGUGUGCUUAACAGGUCCUGUGGUUGAAACCCAGAUAGGAGCUGCUACCCAAGAAGCAAAGUUUUUCCUCAGUUUUGAAUCUCACAGAAUAAUCCAGGUCCUCAGUCAAACAGGUUUGAGUGGAGCAGAGCUGUCCCCAUGGGCAAGGCAUGUCCCAGAGCCCCUGUCCAGAUGAUGGGUGGGCUGGUAUUAACCAGUGGAAACUCCCCAAACACAGAUGGGGCAGGACCUCAACGGAAAUGGGCCCAAUCUGGGCCUCUUUAAUGCAUCAGCAUGGGAGCUGUCACAACAUAGGGCCAUUUUAGAGUAUGGACUCAUCCAGACUGCAUUAUUAGGCACAGAUCUGCACUUUACAGCUCUGUGUCUGAGCAUUUUUUAAUUUUUUGGUCCUAACACUUUCCCUGGGAAAACCCACCUCCACCUUCCUUUAAAAAUCAUGACAGAUGCCCAUUCCAUAACUGGAGGCUGGGGAUGAAGAGAAAACACAUAGAUUCAAAGAAUAUACCAAAACAAUAUUUAUUUUUUAUUUUACUCUAAGAACACCACAUAAAGACAACCCUCAUAAUACUAAAGGAAAUCAUGGUACAUUAUCAUUAUAUUUCUGGUUCCAAUAAUGUACGAAUAAUAGCAGUUUUCAACAGUACUAUCCAUUUGUUGUUGAUUUUCUUUUACUCUGAUAUAACUGGAUAGCUUCAUCAUUUCAGCUGUUUUCCAUAACUUCCCUAAAUAGUCAUCAAGUACAUAAUAAAUUCAGCUACAUUUUAAAAAGGAAAAGCACGAAAUGACAGGGCAUUUCUGUGGGCGCAUGGGCGAUAAAUACAUGCUCUAGUGAAGAAAUAAUACAAUGGAGAAGUGUUCAGACUCUAAAAUGUGAAGGGAGAAAAGCAACCUAAAACAGUUACAAAUGGCAUAGACAUUUAGAUACGGGAUUGUUCUGCUCAUCAUUGAGCUCAACAAAGGCAAUUUCUAGUAGGUGCCUGUGCAAUACACAUAACUGCAUUACCAAAGGCAGUUGAUUGCAAUGCCUGUGCUGUUCAGGGGAAGAAUUGCUUUUCCCCAGCUAUGGAAUAUUUGGAAAAUACUAUAUCCCCUUACAAUGGAAGGGCUGCUUGGAGGGAGAAUGUCUAAUUCCUAUACAACAAAGGAGUAACAAAUACGUGGUUCAUGCACAAUUUUUUAUUUUAUUUUUAAAAUCCCAAUACUACUUGUAAAAUUAUACUCAAAGCAGCCUGGAAAGAAUUGUCAGGUGGUGACAGCAAUGCCACCACACAAAGACACAUGAAUGUUUUCUCUCCCUGGGAGGAGGCAUCUGUAGCUGGUUUAUUAUACAAUGGGAAGCUAGAGGAAGGGGGGGGUGCUUCCAUCCUCUCUCAGAGCUCUGUCAUUCUAGGCUGUGGUGGAGACGGUGGACAACCUGCUGCGACCUGAAGCUCUAGAGUCAUGGAAGGACAUGAAUGCCACAGAGCAAGUGCACACAGCCACAAUGCUCCUUGACAUCCUGGAGGAGGGAGCCUUCCUACUGGCUGACAAUGUCAAAGAGCCAGCCCGUUUUGUCACUGCCAAGACUAAUGUGGGUAAGUCUUUGAUGCUGGGCUCACAUAGAAGAACUAAAGGGGGAGGAAAGGAAUAGAGGGGAUGGGGGGCAAGGAGAGGCUGUUAUCCCUACUCAGAGACCCCAAUAUUUUGCUUCAAAAUUUUGCAUUGAAUGGUGCAGACACAGUGCCUGAGCCUUCUAAAUGUAGAGAGGGAGAAAUAUCAAAUACUGGUAGUAAAGGGAAUAACUGUCAUUUAAGUAUGGGAAAAGCCCUUAUUUAUAAGCACUGGGAUUGUCCUUAAAGCACGUCUACUGCUACCAUGCAAACGUACCAUGGAAAUCUGUUGUGUAGUGCAUUGGACGAAUUUCUUACCUGAACAUUGCUGCCAUUUAGAAAGUUGCACAGAUUCUGAUUCCUAUGUGUCCAGUAAGAGGUAUGUGUGCAUUAGUUAUUCAGGACAAUGUAUAUGCAGGGUGCACACACCAUUUCCCUUGUGAACGCAAUGUCUUUAAGAGAAAUUUAUCUUGUGUAAAGUGGUUCUUUGGACAUGAAGCUUACUCAAACAAGUCAACUUCAGCCAACCUAAUUGACUAGAUUGUUAUGAUGAGAAGCUGAUGAGAAUUGGAAAGUGCUAUAGAAAUAACAAUCAUAACAUAAUAGAUCCAGUUCCCUGAGUUCCAUCUCUUUAUUGUGCUUUAGAGUGACCAAGAAAUAUACUGGUAUACCUCGCUUUAUUGUGCUUUGUAGACAUUGCUUCUUAAAAGGAUGUGGAAGCCUGGCCACUUCCGGGGGAAGGAAGCCCCCUGCCACUUCUGGCCACAGGAGUAGAGCUGGCUAGACCUGGAGCUGGGUUCUUCCCCUCUUGCCUGUGAAGCAAGGGGGGGCCUGGCUUAAUAGACUAUAUAAAACAUAACUUUUAUAUACACUGGGAAACAAAAUAAAAUAAAAUUGUGUGAUUCACUUUAUUUUGGUGGCGUGGAAACGAACCCGCAAUAUCUCCAAGGUAUGCCUAUAUUGUAAGCACUAGCUUUCAGGGGAUGGAAAGAGGCGUUGUAUUGAAGAUGCAUUGUCUCUGCACCCCAACCCAGGAACUAGCUUCGAGUGGGAAAGCAGUUGAAAAUGCAUUGCCUUGAAACCUGUGUGAGUUUGGGGAGGCAGAGUGUCUAAGCCAACAAUAGGAAACUCGUGGCUCUCCAAAUAUUGUUAGACUACAACUCCCAUCAUCCCUGGCUGCUGGCUGUGGUGGCCACGGAUGAUAGAGUCGAAUAACAUCUGGAGAACCAUAUAUUCCCAAUCCUUUCUCCUUGCCUGCUGUGACGACACCAAACCAUACUGUUGUACCUGGAGAACCUUCAAGAUGGCAGAGCUUCACUGAAGAAAUGCAACCCUAGUGCUACACUGAAGACAGUUCUCCUGGGCAGCAGAGUGAAGAGGUGCAGUUUGAGGUGCUGAAGCAAGUAGAGAAGAAAAGGGCAGGAGGAGCUGGAGCACAUGGAGGGAAGAGAAGGCUGGAAUUAGGGGAGGCAAAAAGGGAUAGAGCAGACGGGCAAAAGGGCAAGUAAUGCAAGGAGGGAGAGAUGGAUGUCCUCUCCCCCCCCCCACCCGCUAAAUUCCUAGUGCAUUUCCCUGCACACAUUUAUAUAAGCACCGGUCUUGUGUGGGUCUCUUGUUCCAGCUGGAUUUCCAAUGCAGCUCUCUUCUAUGGCUGUGCACACACUGAAAGUCCCACAUACUGACAGGCACUGUACUGCUUAAUAAUACAUGUCAGUAUCUGUUGAUGUUCACUUUAAAUUGUUUGGCUCUUGCACAAGAAGAAGGAACUGCUUAUGGCAGAAGGUAAGGCUGAGGCAAAAACUAUAAAAUUACAUCAGGGAACCAAUUAAGCAUGUUAGCCUGCACUAUUGAAGGAGGAAAAACCCACCCAUGUUUUAUGCCUAGGAUAAUCACUAAUGAGAUAGAAUCCAUUAGUACAACUAUUGCCAAACCUUUCAACAGCAUCAUCCAAACCAUUUUAUUACAAGUGAGCAUUCUACCAGGUGUUACUAGCUUGGUCAGAACUGUCAAAGAAUCUAGACAAUUAUGGUUGUGCAAGCUAAUUCUCUUUUUGUGCAGACAAUUCUAGUAGUCAUGUUCUUCAGCACUAUAAACUGACAGCUUUCUCAAGCAUCUUCUGGGGGGGGGGAAGGACUUUCAUUUCUGGUAGGAAACCUAACCCAAAGCUCUUAAAACAAAACAUUAAAGCCUAGUCUUCUGAAAAUCCUCUCUUGUAUGUCACUGCUGCUUGGAUUAAGUGACCCCAGAGCAGCAGUGCAAGCAAUAAAAUUCCAAAAUAGCUCAGGCUAUUUAGACAAAGAAAGAGAACAGCAAUUCAUAAGUGAGUGGAAAUAACAAAUCAAAGGAAGAAACAGGCAGGAGUGGUACAGAUGCCUGCACAGAAUUUUUGCAUUUGGCACAUUACUUCACCAUAGAGAUGUGGGCAAAACAAAACAAAAACUAUCGCCAAAUAUACUGUUAGCAGCCACAAAACAGGGAUGGCAAUUUGGUGUCCACAGAGCAUUUUGAGGACAGGUGUAUAAUUUGAAACAGGUUCGCUCCAUGUCUGCUCAGGUAGUCCAGAGAUGAGGUAACAUGUGAAAGGUAUAUGCUCCGCUUAUGGGGCGGGGAAUCAAAUUAAAAAGAGGAUAAUUAAAAAUUGUUCCGAAUAUUGUGCCUAUGUUUCCUGCUUGUAUUCAUCUCGCUCUUCCUCCUCAUUGCAGUGCUGGAGGUGUCAGUGUUGAAUACAGAGGGGCAAGUGCCAGAUAUUGUUUUCCCACAUGAGUAUACCACCAAGAAUUCCAUCCAACUCUCAGCCAACACUAUCAAGCAAAACAGUCGUAAUGGUGAGCGGGGAAUGAAAUUCGGGGAGGGAAAGGGACCCCAGGAUCUCAAAGAUCUUUUCUCUAAUGUGAUGAGAACCACAUUUGCCUCUUUUUGUGGUCCAAUAUCAUGGCCCUGAUUCCCUUUCUUCUCUCUUCAGGGGUGGUCAAGGUUGUCUUCAUUCUCUACAAAAAUUUGGGGUUUUUCCUCUCUACUGAGAAUGCCACCAUCAAGCUGGGUAGUGAGGUUGGUUCAAUUAGCCCCUCACUUGUUGUCAACUCACAAGUUAUUGCUGCCUCCAUCAACAAGGAAUCUAGCCGCGUCUUCCUGAUGGACCCCGUCAUCUUUACCCUCUCCCACCUGGAGGUGAGACUUGCGUGACAUCUGGAACCAGUGUGCUCAUUCCCCCAUUUUUGGCACAUCCUAGGGCAUGCCCCACUAUGGCACUUGGUGGUCUGUAUCCCAUUUCUGCACACAUAUGCCCAACAUUGGAAACUCUAUGCUUUGUAAGUGCAUUGACACUGAUGUUUUGAUUGUGUACCAAAUCACUCCCAUUCUCUCCAGAAUGAACCAUUUUCCUGUAUCCCAACUUCUCAAAGCAUAGGGCCCCUCUACUGCUCUGGCUUCGCCCCACUUAAUUGACAAUUCUUACAGGCAUAUUUUUUUCCAUGUAGGAGAAGAACCACUUCAAUGCCAAUUGCUCUUUCUGGAACUACUCAGAGCGCUCCAUGAUGGGUUACUGGUCCACGCAGGGCUGUCGGCUGGUGGAGACCAACACGACCCACACCACCUGUGCAUGCAGCCACCUCACCAACUUUGCUGUGCUCAUGGCACACCGUGAAAUUGUAAGAAUAUCAUUCCCACUGAUGGGGGCUGAGGGAAGGUGCUCCAGAAUGGUUGGGGGGCAGGGAGAACUGGUUUUCUGCCACCAUCCCCAGCCACUGUCAAGGUCCCCCUUCCAGUUCCUUAUGCACCCGGUAUCUUCUUGUCAAUACGGGUAACCCAGAAAAUCAGGGUGGUCAUUAUUCUUACAUGAAACACUGGGAGUUGGUUCUUUCCCUGUUCGUAAUAAAGAUGCCCUGGAUUAACAGUUACUUGGAGGGUGGCAGUUUAUUAGAUGGAGACAGUCCAUUGGCAGAGGACGGUUAAUUAAGUGCUACCAGUAUUACAGUCAAGCUAACAUUUCAACUCUACAACAGGGGAGAGUACUUAACAGGAGAGGAAAGCUGUGCACAUCCAGCCUCAUUCCGCUUUUCCUUUCAGUACCAGGGCCGCAUCAAUGGGCUGCUGUUGUCUGUCAUCACGUGGGUGGGCAUUGUGAUUUCCCUGGUCUGCUUGGCCAUUUGCAUCUCCACUUUCUGCUUCCUGCGUGGGCUGCAGACUGACCGCAACACCAUCCACAAGAACCUCUGCAUAAAUCUCUUCAUCACUGAACUCCUCUUUCUCAUCGGCAUUGAUAAGACACAGUAUGAGGUGCGUGACAAUCUCCCCUCAGAGCAACACCAAAAACACCACGGCAUAUUCCUCUGCAUGGAGGGAGUUGAGAGAGUCACCAAGGGGCAUGUGGUACAAUAGGACAGGAUGGAGAUCCCACUGGGGAACAUUUGACUUUGCCAAGUCAGUGCAGCCACAGAGGGGAGGGGGUAACAGGAUUGGGAUAUCUGCAGGAAGUUUCAGCUCACUCUAGAGCAGACUCAGUUUACCAGGCAUGGGCAUGUGCUUGUUCAUGACAGAAGCAACACCUGGGAAGUGGACAGUUAACACAAUUGUUCCCCUCUGCUUAAGUCACCACUGCUGCCAGGAACAGCCAGGUGUCAUAGGCAUGUCCAGUUGUCAUGAGGAGGUACUGCAGACCCAGGGACGAAAUUGUGUGCGUUUGCAGGGUACAAGGGUGGGCAUUUCCCCCUUGUGGUCACUACACAACUUUUAAAAGUGCAGCACCUUUCCCAAUCAUCACUGCCUUAAAAAAAAAAAAAUAUUGUGUGCUCUUUUUUUUUUGAUUAGUCAGAAAAACAGGAUAUUUUAAAUUAAUUCAAUAAAUGCAUUACAAAAAGAGGCAUUGUGCUGAUGGGAUUUUUUCUGUCUCUCCCCUUCCAUCCCAGAUUGCCUGCCCCAUCUUUGCAGGGCUGCUGCACUACUUCUUCCUGGCAGCGUUCUCCUGGAUGUGCCUGGAAGCCAUCCACCUUUACCUCAUGUUGGUUGAGGUUUUUGAGAGCGAAUACUCCCGCAAGAAGUACUACUACUUGGGGGGCUAUUGCUUCCCUGCCCUGGUAGUGGGUAUUGCUGCCGCCAUUGACUACCGCAGUUAUGGCACCGAGAAAGCGUGAGUACAUGGAAGGCCAAAGGGAGAGGCUAGUGGAGGGUGCAUGGCAAUGGUAAAAAAAGGAGGUUGAGGCAUAACUGGGGGAUGGGGGGGAGGCUAGUACACUGCACACAUAACUCUAUGCUAACUGUGGGAGGAGGAGCGCCACAGCAGAGGUUGCCAAUGUGACACUUAGGGACACCCUGGCAAUCUUCCCCUGACACCCAUGAAGCUUCUGAGCUGCCCUGCCCCCUUGAUCAUGAGGUGGUGAGGAUGAUGACCUUCUUCUCUCUUGAAAAGUACAUAGUAGGAAGUUGGAAGAGUGACAGUCUCUCCCCCUUCCUCUUUUAGUUCUAUGCUCUUUUUCAGGCUUAUAUUUUCUACUAUAGCUGACUUACCCAGACUUCCUCUCUCUCUCGGGGGAGGCAGGGCAGGCUGAACCAAGGGAGUGAGGAGAGAUGUGGCCAGAGGGGAUGGUGCCCACAGCACUUGCUCAGAAACCCAAAUUUGCCCAUGAGCCUGAAAAGGUUGGCAACAGAGCUGGCAAAACAAGAUUAGAGGUGGGUUUGGGUGACUUGAAAGAUACGGGAUGAGAAGUCCUUUAAAGGAUGUUAUGACAGAGGGGCAGGGCAGAAGAAUGAGCAGAGAACAGGCAAGGUUUUGACAGCACAUUUCUGGGUGAGUGUCAUCUCGUGCCAAUAAGCACUCAGGCAAUCAAGCCUUGAGGUGCUUUUCCUGCUUCCAUCUGACACUUCUCUGCUCUCUUUUGGCAGAUGUUGGCUUCGAGUUGAUAACUACUUCAUCUGGACCUUCAUUGGGCCUGUCUCUUCUGUCAUUGUGGUGAGUCACUAGGGAUUGUUUGGGAAUAGACACUCAAGGAUUUCCCUUAUCUGUCAAAGAAUCAGAGUCCCAAAGUUGAGGAAAGAACUGGAGCCCUUGCUCUCCUCCUCAACCCAUCAUUAGACCUUUCUUUUUCUUCCCAGAGUUAGAGUGCCUGGGUGUAGGGUGUGUUUUCAACUUUCAAAUUCCAAAUAUGAGAGGUGCUUAAAAGUUGCAACAUGACUUGGGAAUUCAAAAGACAUUUUGGUUACAUAAAUAUAAUUUAGGUUUUCUUGGUAAGCAGAAUGUGUGUAAAAUUGUGUAGAAAUCAUUGAAAGUGGUUGCCAAGUACUUGCAGUAUUAUUAUUAUUAUUGUUGUUGUUGUUAUUUACAUGACCUGACAUUUUCAGAAGGUAAAAUUAAAAUUCUUUGGUUUUCCUAAAGCAGUUUAUUUGCUUCUUCAUCAAGUGUAGUCUUGCCAAGCUGAAUGUUGUCCAAUCACAAAAAUAAUAGCAGAUUUGAAUUCCUCACACCCCAAAGCUUAUUUUUAAGGCCCCUCACUGAAGAAAUUUGCAAAAAUUAAGUUUCAUCUCCUAAAAUGGCAUGUCCUAGCCUGGGAUGUAAUGUUGCUCAUUCCUUCCCAUCACACACAGACACUGACACUGACAAACCCUUUCCCCUGCAUCUGGGGAAAGCCACUAGCAGGGGAAAGUGGGAGGUGCUUUUUUGCAGAGGACUCCCUUUCCCCUGCUCACAUCCAUCUGUACACAUCCCCCAGAUCAACCUGGUGUUCCUCAUGAUCACUCUGCACAAGAUGAUCCGCAACACGUCGGUCCUCAAGCCUGACUCCAGCCGACUGGACAACAUCAAGUGAGUUUAUGUUUGGAUUCCUUUUCAUCCUCUGGCUUAGAUGCAAACUUCUCCCUACCUUAAUAGCACACCUCCAGUGCCUUUAGAUUCCUGUGGUGCCUUGUAUUUGGUUCUUCUAAAACAGCUUAGUGGGACAAAGCCAGAGCAGAGAAAACAGACAACUUGGGGUUUAAAGGGACCGGACUCUUGCCCAGACCAUGAUAUUGAGGACCCCAUCUGUCUCAGGAGUGUCUCACUCAGCUGAGUGACCUACAGCUGGGAGUAAACAGGCUAAAGGCCAAAGCAUAGUGCUUUAUGGGCUCAGAUGAUCCUUUCAGAAUGCUGGGAUAUGGGUUGACUCACUCAGCUUACACUGGGUAACAUUAUGAAGCUUUCGUUUGAUCACUUCACCAAAGGCUUUGGACUGCUGGCCAUCUUUAUGUCGAGUAAAUCUUUCUUUCUUUUCCUUUCUCUUUCUCACGACCCACCACACUGCAAAGGCUCCUGUGAAACCAGCAUUCUCUCGUUUUAAGAGAGUGUCCUUAUAUUCAGGAAAGGAAUUGUCACCCUCUCAGAUGAAUAGAGUGAGGCUGCUUCAUUCAGUCAGCACAGUGGAGCUGUCUGAGUCAAGCAGCAAAUGAGGUUAGAGUUCUGACACUUUGAGGGAAUUUGUCAAGCUCGGUGCUGCAAAUAGCCUGCAAAUGCCAGUCUGUCAAAAGCCAUGCGUUACUCACAAGUUCACAUCUUCUUACACUCAUUCAUACAAAAUAAUCUAGAGGUGGGGAGAACACCCUGGUUAAUGCUGAGUUAAGGUUAAAAAAAAAUACUCAUAGCUUAAAGUCUACUAAGCAGAGAAAUGCAGUUCAGCUAAUCCUAACAGCUUUAUAAACUACCUUUACCUUGCCCAAGUGACCCAGAACAAUACUUAACCCAGGUAGCUGGACAAGUGCUGUGGACAGAGGAGGCUGCUGAACCUCUCAAGAAUCCAGAGGAGCCCAGUAAAAAAUAAAAAAAGAGAGCUGGGAAGUUCAAACAUUAAUGAAAACUAAGAAAGUAUGAACCUCAUGGAACCAAGGAAGGGGGGAAAGGGUAGACCACACUUUCUCUGUGCUAUUGCCCUGAUCCAAAUCACACAGCCCUCUGUAUGGACAUGCACACAAACGGUUGCUCUUUGUUAAAAAGAAAAAUUAAAGUAACAGAACUCCAAGUCACAUGUAUUUUGAUCCUAAUUUGCAGGUUACCUCUUACAAAAUUUAUUAGAGCCUAACUAUGUAAACAUGGAGUAAGCCUUACUGAUUUAAGUUGGUUAUAUUUCAAAAUAACAAUAUUUUUGAUUGCAGCCUUAAUUUUGCUAAGUAACACUGUUACCGGCAAUAUAACCAUUACUUCUAUCUACCAGCCCAGUUUUUACAUGCUUCCUUAUCCUGCUCUUUUUAGUUAAUUUACCAAAGAGUUCCGGUGCAUUUGUUUACUGCUGGUGUGGUUUUGCAGCCUGCUUCCUGCCGUCUUUCUGUGUUUAUUUUAGUUGCCAAAUCUCAGUCAGAAAUAAACACAGCAACACUUUGUGGUUUUAGUUUUGUCUUUUUCAUCCGAAGUACAAAUAGACAGUUGAUCACUUCUUUCCACUCAAAGAGCAAAGAUUGGGAGAACUGACAGUAAGAGGAUACUCCUGAGCCAAUCCUAACCAUGUUUGCUUGGAAGUAAGUCUAGCGUCCGUCUCUUGGGCACCUACUAGAGAGUGCCUUUGAUCUCACGGCUGACGAGUGACAAAUAUAUGGCCAUGCCAUUUCACAGCCUUUCAUUUUGAAAAGCCCCUUUAGAGUCUGAGCACACUCAAGUGUGGAAGUGCUUAUGAAGCUUUAAGAGAGAGAAAACAAAAAACAAGCAAACGAAUGGUCGAGCGACCACCAAACUAACAUUUGGGACUGUGGUGUGUUGUUAGGAAAUGGCAGGUAGUACACAAGUCCCAUGAUUUGUGUUUGUAUUCAGCAAAUGGAAGCCCUUUGUAACAACAAAGGUUAGAUGUAAAGGAGGCAUUUUAGUCAACAUUUCUGGGCCAAGAAUAACUGGAGGUCUGUAGUGACAAUUUGGCUGGUAAUUCUUAGACAUACAACUCCCUCACUAGCAAACUAUGGGAGAAUCUCCCACACGCUGACUUCCUUGCCCAUCUUUCUCUCUCCAUCCCCCUAACAUUGUCUCACUGUUUCUUUUGUGCCAGAAGUUGUACAGAGGCAUCUAUAGCAUAACAGCAGGGAGAUGUGAGACUAGUUUUGCUCUGGUGAGGACUCCCAAUUCCCUGAACUCACUAGUGUCUCCUUCUACAGGUCUUGGGCACUCGGGGCAAUCACUCUCCUUUUUCUCCUGGGCCUCACCUGGGCAUUUGGUCUCCUCUUCAUCAACAAGGAGUCUGUUGUCAUGGCCUAUCUCUUCACCACCUUCAAUGCUUUCCAGGGCAUGUUCAUCUUCGUGUUUCAUUGUGCACUUCAGAAAAAGGUGAGUACAGUGGUACCUCGGGUUACAUACGCUUCAGGUUACAUACGCUUCAGGUUACAGACUCCGUUAACCCAGAAAUAUUACCUCGGGUUAAGAACUUUGCUUCAGGAUGAGAACAGAAAUUGGGCUCCAGCGGCCCAACAGCAGCAGGAGGCCCCAUUAGCUAAAGUGGUGCUUCAGGUUAAGUACAGUUUCAGGUUAAGAACGGACCUCCGGAACGAAUUAAGUACUUAACCCGAGGUACCACUGUAUCUGUAAUCCAGAACUGAAGGACAACACUUUUUGCUUAAAGUUGUGGAGAACAAUGGGAGCUGGUAUUCUGAGGUGCUGGCUGAGGGACUUAGGAGACCCAGGGUCAUUGGGCAGAGCUGUCAACCUUGCUUGCAUGCUGGGGGUGCAGGGGCCUUAAAGAGAACCAUUGACUCUGCAAAGGACUUUGGGUCCAAAUUGAAAGGAGUUGCAUAGGACAAUUGCCUGAUUAAAAAACAAGAAACACUGAGUCAGUUAAACAAGUUUUAGUCCAUUAAUUAGUUAAUUAAUCAAUUAAGUUUGCAUAAAAGUAAAGAAAAUAGUUUCAGAAGGAAGAUGGGUCUUUGUCUGUAAAUAACAUACCCAUGUAUCAUAGCAGGCAUCAUCUUAGAAGAAUCAUUCCCUCCUGUGCGCGAGAGAAAAGGGGGGAGUGCCCCUUUAAGAUGAUGCUUGCCACCUGCAGUUUUUAAUAAGUAUUUGUAUCUUUAGAAAAUAUCUGCCUGAUUAAUUGUGACCCUUUUUAAGUAAAUGUUUUAAACUCAUAAAUUUAAGUAAUUAAUUGAUGGAACAUUGCUGCCCUAGUGAAGGUAAAGAUUGUGACAAAAAGGCUUAGCUAAGAGGGCAGAACCAGCCUGAAUGACCAUGUUGUAGCCAAGACAAUUCAUGCCUUUCCCCCUUCCUUGACUCUCCUCCCUACAAUGCGCCAGGUUCACCGGGAAUUCAGCAAAUGCCUGCGACACGCAUCCUGUUGCCUACGGAGUCCGCCAGGGGCCACACUGGGCUCCCUCAAGACCUCAGCCAUCCGCAGCAACAACCGUUACUACACUGGGACACAGGUACCAUUGGGCAGACUGGGCUGGGGGGUGUGUGCUGCUGUUACUGGUCUGGAGAACAGGAGAGGCUGGGGCAUAUUCUUAGGCCACAAUACCCCUGGGGGUCUAGUUGCCCUACUGAAUCCAGAGUGGGGCUGUCUUUUCAGAGCCGAAUCCGGAGAAUGUGGAAUGAUACUGUAAGGAAGCAAACUGAGUCCAGCUUUAUGGCGGGUGAUCUCAACAGCACUCCCACCCUUAAUCGAGGUGAGCAGUCACUCUGUAUUUUCCAUCACUUCCUGCAACUCCUUUGUGAGCCAGAGGGCAGGCCUGUACCCACACACCUGACUAAGAGGUUCCUGCCCCACCCUUAAAGCUGCUCCCCGGCCCCACUCUCUACAACCAAGCAGAUGAAAGAGAUCCCUACCAAACACCACUCCAUAUCAGUUUCUCCCCGAGAGUCACCUUUUCUCCUCAGCUAUCUCUGGUGGCCUCCAAUGUAGUUCUGCUCACAUGGCCAUGACUCCCCCCCCCCCCGAGCCAAGCUACUCAGUCUCCUCUCCAUCUCCAGCCUUUCCUCCAACCCCAGAUGCGGAGGCUCAAGUCACUUUCUACCUCCAUGGUGCUAACACCUUUGCCUAUACUACUUUUUGCAGGCACAAUGGGGAACCACCUGCUGACCAACCCCGUGCUGCAGACACGGGGCGGGACCAGUCCUUACAACACACUCAUUGCUGAGUCCGUGGGCUUCAACCCUGCCUCACCACCUGUCUUCAACUCCCCAGGUAAGGGCAUCGUCACCCAGGAUAACAUACUUUCCCCUGUAGAUUGAUGCCCCAGACUGAAUUAGGGUUCCAUUUGCACACACAAAUACAGAGCUCCACAUUUUCCUUAUUGAAAAUGAGGGGUGGGGUAGGUAGAAAGCAGAAAAAACACCUGAGAUUUCUGCUUUUGAGUCUGGUGAAAAAGUAAUCCCUCAAGCCUGGGCACUGGGAGGAAUGGGUCAGGAGAAGUGGCAGUGGAGGAGCUCCUCCUUUAUUCUCCCGGUGCAUAAGAGCCUGCCUUGUACUGAGACAGACCAUUGGUCCCUCUUGCUCAGUAUUAUCUACACUGAUUGGCUGUGGCUCCCCAGAGUCCCAGCUGUACCUAGAGAUGCCAGGGAGCAAACAGCUGGUGCUGUGCCACUGAGCUAUGGCCACAGGGAGGAUUUGGGCCAUGUCUUAUUUUGCAUUACUGGCCCCAGCCACCUGGAUAACCCUCUUUCUCUCUUUUCUCUUCCUCUCCCAACUGUUGCUGCCUGCAGGGAGCUUCCGAGAGUCCAGUACGUCCCUCCUUUCCAGUUCCAUUUCGCAGUAAUGUUUCCUUCAUUGCUAGUUUGACUGGCAGGCUGGGGGUGGGUGCAGCACAGACGUGAGCCAAGUAGCGGGUGUGUAGGGAGAAUAGGAAGGAGUGCUGGCUUUCUGGAGGGAACUCCUCCCUUACUCAUGUUCCCAUUUCUCGGAGGGUGGUGGUGCAGCAUGGUUUGCGCAAUUCUGGCUGUGGGCACUAGAUGGAGCUGAAUGCAUCCGCAGAGCUCAGCGAUACCCAACCUUCCCAUCCCUGCAUGCUGGGUUGAAACCAUGGGCCCGUUAACCUAGUGUGCACCCCGUGCUCUAAUGGGCUGACUGUACCGUCUCUGACAAAUGGUCCCUCCAGCCCCAGAGGCCACCUUUGCUGGGGGGAGACUGCAGGCUUCUUCCAUUGGCAGAUCAGAUAACUUGCGUGCUCCGUGUUAUGCAUGUGGCUGUGUGCGGCUCAGCAGCCAUGCCAACAUGGCUAUUCCCUCUCACGUCACCUUAGCCUUAGAGGUUACGCCUUAGUUGCACUCUUGCUAUCUUACUCAACAAACCACAUUCCUCUUUCCCACACCAGUAUCAGUACUUUCACACAUGCAUACCUAACUCACAUGUAGUUGAAUCCUGCGCUUAUUUCCACACUAGACAAUAAAAAAGAGAAGUGAACUGCAAUCUGAUGCUUGUUGGGGAAAAAAGAUUAAAUUUAACAGAAGAGUAUCCCAAAGAUCAUCAACAAAUGCAUCUUAUUCAAGGACAAUAGUUCUAUAUGUUCUUUUUAAAACAAACCCCAAACCGAAGCCACAUCUUACCAUGUGCAUCAGAGUCCUCCUAUUCUUCCUAUGUAGAAAGGAGCAGUGUCUGGUUAACCCUGUACUGACAAGAAGAGGAGAAGGAAGAUAAGUGGCUGUUGUUGUUGCUGCUGCUGCUGCACAAGCAGCCCUGCCCCAUUCUGGCUGGCUGUGCUAUCCUGCUGGCAAAGGCAAAUGCUAGAAUUCUGUAUAUAGCUGUGGCACCUUCAUCUGCUCCCUGGAGAAGAGCUAAAGCUUGAAGAGCAGCUCGGUUAGUGGCCAAUUGCUGGGAGCCUGCCUUCUUGAUCUGAGCUGGGCCCUGGUGGAAAAGGCUCUGCCUCCCUUCCCCGGGAUUCCGAAAUGAAGGAAUGAAGGGGAUUUCUGAUGCACAUGGUCAUUGCCUUGUUACUGUUAUUAUUUCAUUUUUAUUAGAUUUCUAUACCGCCCUUCAUCAGAGGAUGAGGAUGGGGUGGUUUACAAUAUAAAAACACAAAAAUACAUAACAUAGUAGCAAACCAAAACAAUAGCUCAUCCCACAGUUAUUAUUUGUGUGAAUCAAGUCUUGGCGAGUACCUUGUCAAUAUAGGAACUCUCAGAGAAGCCUUACUUGCUUGAAAUGUGCACUGACCCUUUCAAUUCAGUUAAAUAAAUUACCCAUCAAGCAGCCUCAGCUUCAGGUUCAUCUCUCUUAGCUUCUUACCUCCAUUUUUGUUGCUGCCAUCAUUUUCCAUACACACAAGCCAGUUCUCCCCGUGUAACAACCCUACAUUUUUCUUACACACACUUCUUAUCUGCUCUCUUCCUCGCCACACACACAUACCACUUGAGCGGACCAUCUGCCCAAGUGGAACUUAGUUCCCAAGUGAUGGCUUCUGCUCUGUGGCCUAAACAUUAGUUGCUCAUGACCUCCCUCCCGCCUCCUCCCACUAAUACCCAUCUAUGUGCCCACCUUUACAGAGCACCCCCUGAACAACAGCCGAGACGCCUGUGGCAUGGACACCCUCCCGCUCAAUGGCAACUUCAAUAACAGCUACUCCCUCCGCAGUGGCGACUUCCCGACCGAUGGCACCAAGAUGGCCGACUGCCGACGCAACCUGAGUGACGCCGCCGCCUUUGAAAAAAUGAUCAUCUCCGAGUUGGUGCAUAACAACUUGAGAGGGGGAGGCAGUGGCGUGGUCAAGGGGGGCGGGGGUUCUGCCGAGACCUCCAACCCCCCUGGGCCCCCUCCCCCUCCCAACGUAGUUGCAGGGGGAGGGGGUACCAACAAUGAGGAUGACGCCAUUGUGCCUGACGCCCCUUCCUUGACCCAUGAGGAGAACAUGGAAAUUGAACUCAUGUAUAAGGCCUUAGAGGAGCCGCUCUUGCUUCAGAGGGCACAGUCCAUCCUCUACCAGAGUGACCUGGAGGAGUCGGAGAGCUGCACAGCUGACCUGACAGAGGGGGGCGAUGGCCAAGCCCCUUCCCCCAACAGGGACUCUUUAUACACCAGUAUGACCAACCUGAGGGACUCCCCAUACCCGGACAGCAGCCCUGAGGCAGUUGGGGAAGUGCUUCCUCAUGCCCAAGCCAUCAAUGAAAUCUACUAUACCAAUCGGCCAGCCUUGGUGCCGCGCAACCAGCUCCAGGCCUACUACCAAGUCCGGAGACCCAGCAAUGAUGGCUACUUGGUCCCAGGAAGCUUAGAAAACCCAGCAGUGGAGGGAGAUGGCCAAAUGCAGCUGGUGACCAGUCUCUGA